CUUUUUGAGCGCCUCGACAGAUCACAUGGUUAGGUAGAAAACAAGAGUAGGACUUGUUAGUCAUGGCGUCUUACUACGACUAUGAUGACGGUGUUUCGCAUUAUGGUGCCACGGGAGAGGUUGGACCGCCCAGUGGUUUGGAGCAUACCGGUUAUUCAGAUACAGAUCUCCUUGACGUCGCUGAUGCGGAGAAGCCUAGAUUACUAUUGAUGGGUCUACGAAGAAGUGGGAAGUCGAGCAUAGAACGAGUGGUCUUUCAUAAGAUGUCACCAAAUGAAACAUUGUUCGUUGAAAGCACGACCAAAAUUGAGAAGGAUGACAUAAUCUCCUUCAUCGACUUUCAAAUAUGGGACUUCCCAGGCCAACUGGACUUCUUUGACCCAGCAUUCGAUUCGGAAAUGAUCUUUGGGCAAUGUGGUGCUUUAGUCUUUGUCAUUGACGCACAGGACGAUUACUUGGAAGCACUUCAGCGUCUCUAUAUGACCGUAACUCGAGCUCACAAGGUUAACCCAAAUAUAUCAUUUGAGGUUUUUAUACAUAAAGUGGACGGCCUAUCAGACGACCACAAAAUUGAAACCCAACGUGAUAUUCACCAACGCAUAUCCGAUGAGCUUUCUGAUGCUCAACUCGACAAUAUACAUCUUAGCUUCUACCUUACAUCGAUCUACGACCAUUCCAUAUAUGAAGCAUUUUCCAAAGUCAUACAGAAGCUCAUUCCCCAACUUCCUACGUUGGAAAAUUUGUUGAAUAUAUUAUGCUCGAACUCGGGUAUUGAGAAGGCCUUCCUUUUCGAUGUACUCUCCAAGAUAUACAUCGCAACGGACAGCUCACCAGUCGACAUGCAAUCGUACGAACUUUGUAGCGACAUGAUUGAUGUCAUAUUGGACGUUUCUAGCAUAUACGGAAUAUCGGACAAAGAUUCUCCCUCAUCAACCAGCACUCCUACUUCCCCGACUGCCGACGGAGACGCCCACGCACUUAUCAGAUUAAAUAACGGCAUGGUCUUAUACUUGCGUGAAGUCAAUCAACAUCUCGCGCUAGUCUGUUUACUUCGCGAGGAUAACUUUGAGAAGCAGGGAUUGAUCGACUAUAAUUUCCGGUGCUUUAGGGAAGCUAUUCUGGAAGUGUUCGAACUCAGAAGAAAAGGGUAUAGUAACGGAAACGGUGCAGCGGAUGAAAGUCGAAGUACGGGCAAGGCAUACGGUACAGUGGAGGAAUCGGAUUGGAAUAGGAGACGGGCUGGAUAGGGUUUCACAACAAUUUUUGGAUCGCGUGGAAACCAGCGUAUUAAGAGGGCGUCCGAGCUAAUUUUAUUGAUAAAACGACCAAUGUCCAUCUCGCAUGUGAAAGUCAUUUUGAAUAAUAUAAACCUUUCCAUGUGACGGCCUA